AAAUACUCAGAGCUUGUUCUUAAUUUUGCACCCUCUCUUGGCAAUAGCGCUUUGGGAAAUCGCGUAGUAAUUUCCCAAAAUAAAAACUAUCAGCUGGAUUAUUUCCCAAAACAUUACCGCCACUUACACAAUCAAUAGUGCACAAGCGCACAAUGACAAGAAAGAGCUGUCAUGCAACACUCAGCAAUACUAACAGGCGAAUAUAACAGCAAAGGGUAAACUAGAGAAUAGAACGUGAAAUCGAAAAUUAGAAAAAUAUUUCAAAUCAACGCAUAAAAAAAAAUAGUAAAUAAUUAUUUUGCAGCGGAGCAGGUGUGUGGACGCAAUUGUGGGUGGCGAAAUAGUGCAACUCGAGGCUUAAUAGCAAUCGUAGCAAAUUGGGCUUGAAUUCUAAUUGUGUGGUUAUUCUUAUUUGAUUCCCUUGUGUUGUGCGUUGCAGCGGUGCUUGAAAACUGCGAAAAAGCGAAAAAUGGAUAUAUUGCGUAAAAUGUUCAAAAUGAACGAGAAGGACUCUGCAAAGCCUGAUGAAGCUGAGCGCAAGGACGAGGUAACAGCAAAGGACGAAUUUCGUAAGCCGCAGUGGUUCGAAGAAGCUGAAACGGAUGACGAACUCUUCGAUGAUAAUCGCAAAUUUGCUUUCCAAAUCUUUACGAAUCCUUUAGAAUUGCAGAAACACUUUGAGCGUCAAAUGCAGCAAAUCCUGGAGGCAGUGAGUGAAUUUGAAGGUGAUGAUGUUAAGAUUGACAAAGAUUUGAAGGAGGACUUUUUGAAGCCUGGCUUUGAAAACAUUGACAUAUUGAAGGAGUUUGAAAAGAAGAAAGGUGAAAUCAUGGAUACUGACUUGGAUGGAGAAAUUUACGCUGAUCAAUUGCAUUCGUUAAUGCAACGCUUAUCGCAGAAUGAAGAAUUGCCGAAUAUUUUGCCCCGCAACGACAACAAAGCUUUUCGUACUGCUAUAACUAAGCGGAAACUGACCGACGAGGAAAAAAUUUUGGGUAGAAUACAUGGUACUCUUGAUAAUGACGAUGUUCCGAAGCAACCACGAAUGCCUGGUCCACGUCCGGAAAUGAUGACACCAAUGACACCCAUGAUUCCACGUGGGCCGACACCAUUUGGCGGAGGAGUUUUCGAGGGAACUUAUCAGGGGCCGAAAAUGUUCAGCCAAAGCGUCAUGUCGAAUACCAUACGAAAACCGGAUGGUAGUUAUGAGACUACCAAAAUCACCAAGGACUCUCAAGGCAAUACAACAACAACUAUAACACGCACCAUUGAAGGAAAAUCUGAAACGGUUACCGCUUACAACAACGCGGCUGGAUCCGGGACGAUUAAGCAAAAGGAGGGCAGCAGUACCAAAAUGGAAGAAUAUUCAGAUCGCAAUAUUUCUGUAACAAAAGAAGGUUACGCCGUACCACGGAACCUCUGGUGACCAGUGGUGCUUAUUGGCCGAAACCUUGCUGGCAACUUAUUACACGUCUAUAUUCAAAUUCAGAUAUACUAUGUACUAGUAACUAGAUCGUUAAGUGUUUGGUGUUUUAGAUGAAAUUCAUUUGAGGCUACAGAUAGCAGAUAGCAUUGCAAGAGCAGCAGCGGCAACAAAAGUGAUAGCAACAACACAGAUGACCGCAGCAUCCAAAACCACAACCGAAAUACAUACAGGAGCAGUAUGGUAACCGUAUACAGAUGAAUUUGGCAUUAAAAUUAGCCCAUAAAUUGAUGCAAAUUCGAUUUGCGAGCGAUUUGCAAAUCAUGUGCACAUUUGAAUGCUAAUCAUACUCAUCUACUAUCUCUGGUGUACAAUUCUAUACUGGUUCUGUACUGUUUUCAUGAAAUUUAUUUCGUAUAUCUUAAUGUUUUAAUUUGAUUACGAGCAUCUUCAUGGAGUGCAAGCAGAACUGUGUGAUUUAUUUCGGAACCCGCCUCUCCGCGUCAAUCAAAUAAACCUACAUAUAUAUGUGAGGACACUAGGAUUAUAGUGUGAACGCUGGUGUCAGGGAGAGGGCAAGAAAUGGAGAAUUGUUUAUUUGUUAAAACGUUGUACGUUUAACAUAUAUAGGCACACAUAUGAUGGCUUCAGGCCGAUGCACCUUCAUGUCGCGACAGACUAAGAAAUUUAUGUGGAAUUUCGAGUGUUGCAUUAAAACUGAAAUAAGGAAGGAACCAAAGUGACACUAUAUAUGUUUAAUGACGGCGGGUGAAAAGGGGGCCCUUGAGAGCGAUGAAUUUUACGCAAAAGUAUUUUUUUCUUUGAUUCUUUAGUUAGCACGAAUGAAUUCGUGAUAUGGAUUUUCCUAUGUGUGGCUGCUUUCUAGUAAAGAUUUUAUCCAAAUGAUUGUUUUUCAAAUGCGUCCAGUAUUUGUGAUACAACUAAUAUUGGGAUACUGCAGUACUGAGUUUCAAUGAAAUCCAUCUAAAGUGCAAGAACAAAGAAAAUUUUUGAAAAAUACAUACAUAAAUAAAUACACUUAUACGCUAUGUAUAUUAUAUCCUAAAUAUAAGUAAAUACAUGUUCAUUUUCAUUGGCGCAACGACGCAUGUUAUUUUUAGUUAUAAAUAAUAAUAAUUACCAUUUUUGUUACAUACCUAUAAUCAUGAGAAUUGGCAACCAUAAAGACUUGAUUAUUAUUUUAUAACGUUAUUAUAUUAUUGUGUUCGAUAACCAAAUUGGCCAUCAAUCCAAAUGAGGAGUGUAAGCGAAAAUUCUCUCCCAAAGAGAAAGCAACAAAAAGUUAAUGAAUGGAAAAUUUGCCAUCACUUGCGAAAACCGGUAGAAGAAGACAUAUCAGCUGAGUUUGUAUACAAACUACCAUAAAUAUACUUUACGUACUUAUGUUUUUUCUUGAUAAAUUUUGCAUUUUAUCGUUUCUACCUAUAAACAGCAACCUUUAAAGCGGCGCAAGAGCGAAAGUGCACAAAAUACCAGAUUCAUCAAAAAAUUAAUUUGUUUGCUUACAAAAAGUUCAAUAAUUUCUUUAAGAUCAUAUACAUAUUUUUGUGAUGGAUAAUUUUUGCUGUUUUAAAUUUCGUAAGCAAAAAAUUAACGUCUCUCAAACUGUCACUUUACUCUCUCAAUUUUUGAGUGAUGAAUGAUUUUUUGGCCUACUUGAAAAAUUGUGUUGUCGAACACGAUUAUUUUUAAUAUUAGUUUAAUAUAAUUUGGAAGUUAUUGACAAAAUUCUAUAUUUUUGCAAAUCUAAUGCAUGCUUCUAGAGUUGUAUGUGUGCUCAAAUUUAAAUGAUUGGCAUUUCAUUUGUGCUGGAAGCUCUUAAAUUUUUAUACAAUAUAUCUAAAUUUAUUGUACCGAUUAAAUUAAUUAAGGUAAGAAUGACUUCUUAAAAAUUAAA